ACUAAUUAAGGUAGAUCACAUUUGUCAUAAAUUAGUUUUUGUCUCUUGUACAUACUACAAUCUCCUCCACCAUGGUAUACUAGCUUUCAUAUUAAUUGGCUAUAUAUAUCCCAAACCCCUUUUCUAGCAACCUCUACUUUCUCUCUCUACCCCAUAAAACCUCACCUCAUUUAGUCAUUUCUCCUCCUUCAACCCCUCACUCCUUGAUGAAUUUCACAAGUUCACCCACUUUCACCCCUUAACACCCCAUUUUUACAACCUAUAAAUCACAUCCACCUCAUUUUACACCCACCAAACAAUGAUGUCAUCGGAGAACAUCCCUCCGGUGGCACACCCUUCAGAUCACAACAACAACGCCGGCACCGCGAACGCCCGAAAACAAACAUCUCAAAAACCCCCAGAACAACCACUUGCUCUCAAGUGCCCUCGUUGUGAUUCCGCCAACACAAAAUUCUGCUACUACAACAAUUACAGCCUAACACAACCUAGACACUUUUGUAAGACUUGUAGAAGGUACUGGACUAAAGGUGGGGCCCUCCGUAACGUCCCCAUCGGAGGCGGUUGCCGUAAAACCAAAAAACACAAACCCUCUAACUCAUGUCCACCCUCAUCUAUAUCCAAUUCCUCACGCUUCGAUCUGUCGGCGGGGCCAGGAAGUUCCGAGUUUAAGUUCCUGGCCCCGCCAACAGUGGCCCCUGCCAUGGAGUUUCAGCUGGGUGGGCUCUCCCUCCCUAGGCUCCACCCAGCUACGGCGGGGGUCUACACCCAGUUUAUCGCCAGUUCCGGGGCCCACCACCCGCCUGUGGGCCUCGGUACUGGAGGGUGUUUUAGUUUGGACUUGUUGGGUAUAAGUGGUAACAAUAACUACCCAACAAUUCCAAACUCAGGAAACUCCUCUUCCUCCUCCUCGUCCUCGUUAUCUCUCGCUGGCGGCGGCGGUGUGGGUGAUCAAUCCAUUUCUAUCUCCUCAAUCGAGUCGCUAAGCUCGAUUAAUCAAGAGAUGCACUGGAAGCUACAACAACAAAGACUCGCCAUGAUCUAUGGACAACCAACAGUUGAUAGUCAAAUCGACGAAAACAGCAACAACAACAAUCAUCAAGAUAAAGGGCUAUCUAUAGGAGGAGGAGGUAUUAGUUUGUUCAAGAGUUUAGAUACCACCAGCAGAAAUAACAAUAAUAAUAAAAUUGAUGUGGGUGGUCCUACUGAAUGGUUAUUUGAUCAACUUCAAACAAAUUCUAGUGCUAAUUACGCUGAUAAUCACAACACUAAUAAUAACAAUAAUUCAAAUGUGGGUGUUACGACUACAAAUUGGAACAAUAAUGAAGAUUAUUUUAACGGUGUUUGGACGACGGCGGAGUUGCAUCAUCACCAUCAUCAGUUUAACGGACUGCAGUAGAUGAUUGUAGAAAGAGAAGCAAGAAGAGAGUAUGGUGGCUGGUAAGAGGUCAGCAAAGAUGUCAUUAAAUUAAUUAAUUAAUUAAUUAUAUGUAGUUUAAAUGAUGAGGUUAGAUUAAUUAAUUUUAAGAGUAGUUUGUUUUAAAGUUUAAUUAAUUAGUACUAUAAGUACUUGUAAGUAAAAAAAAAAAAAGGUAACCUUUUGUAAGACUGUUGAAUUAUGCUGGUAAAAUGAGAAAUCAAUGUUACAGAAUUUUUAUUUUGUGUUAUUUCCCCUUUUACUGACUUUUGAUUUUUAUUUUAAUUUUUUUGGUAUAGAAUUGCUUGGGAUUUGGGAUAAAACUAGUAACUGUUUAAGAACUUGGCUUUUUCCAUGGAUUAAUAGGAAAUGAGGGAAGAAACUGAUCCUGAAUUCCUGUUUUUAUGUUUUAGAAUUAUUUUUAUAAAAAAUGCUCUUUUUGUUAGAUUGUGACAUAACAAAAAUUACUUGCAAAGAUUCUCUAUUACCUUUUCAUAAAAAAGGUGUUAAGUAUUCCAUCAAAAAAAAAAAAAAAAAUUGUAAUUGUAUGUGAUCUUGCUCUUUUCUUGUGAUUCUCUAUUACCUUUUUGUUAGAUUGUAAUAUGUUUAUUUUUAAGGCACUCUUGUUCUCUUUUACGUGUUUUAAAUUUAUCAUCUCAAGAUAUGAUUUAAAUUAUCUUUUUCUGUAGCUAAUAAAGGUGUUGAUUGUCGUCUUAUUAGUUUAAAUUACACUAUUAAAAUGAUACGGAGUAUUCAUAUAUGUAUGUAGUCACACUAUUA